AUGGCUGAAUAUUUAUCAGAAAGGGAAAGGAGAAAGAUAGAAAGACAAAGAAGGAAAGAGGAAGAAGAAGAAAGAAAGUUGUUAGAAGAACUAGAUAGAGAGAUGGAAGAAAAUCAGGAGAAAGCAAUAAGAGAUUUGAAAUUACAACAAGAGAGGAUAAGGAGAGAAAGACGUGAAAAAUUAGAACGGAGGAGAGAACUUUUACAAAAACAAAGUCAGUUGAAAGAAUUGGAAGAACAGAAAACAAUGAUGGAAGAGAAGCUCACAUUAAUGGAUGAACAUCCAGUUAUCAAUGAGGAUGUCGAAGGAAACCAUAUUGAUAAUGUAGUGCCACAAAGUAUGGUGUAUGAUUAUGCCCUUAGGGAUGAAGAUUCAGGUGAUGAAAGAAGUGAAGAAAGUAAUCACAGUGACUCUUCAUACACUACCAAGGAUGAAGAAGAUAAUGAACAAUUAGUUAAUCUAAGUAGUCCGAAAGACAACAGUACCUUCAUUGAUAGUCACCAGAAUAAAUUAAAGACAAUAGAAAGAGAAAUACAGUGGCUAGAAAGCAAAGAAAAAGAAUGCGAACUGCAAAAUACAGAACAAAUACAACAUGCAGGAAGAAGGACAUCGGGUCACAGGCAAAAAGAUGAGAGUUUUGAAAUGAGUCGUAGAAACUUUACACUCAGAAAACAGAUUGAGGUCAGAGAUAAACCGAUAGAGAACAGCAAGUACCAUAUAUAUGAUAAAGACUUAAAAAGAGAAGAUGUUACAUAUAAAGAAGAUAUGGAGUUCAAUGGAGAACCUGAUUAUGAUGAAAGUCCCGAAGAACAUAAACUGAAAGAACAGAUUGGACAGCUACAAACACAGAAGAUAAAGGUUGAAAUGAGAUAA